AUGUUUCGUAGAACGCAGUUGCUCAUAUGUCGUUUCCCCUUUUACUUGAGAAUAACGCCAAAACAGAGGGCGCCAAUAUUUCUUAAUAAAAAAAACUACGAACCGUUUAAUGGGAAGACAAGACAUUAUAGUAGAAGCACCCAACUUCAAGAUACUAUUUAUGCACUUUCUACAGCGCAGGGUAAGGCCGGGGUUGCUAUCAUUCGUAUUUCUGGCUCCAAAGCUUCACAAGCCGUGACGAAAAUGGCGCCCAAAUUACUUCCAAUUCCACGCAAGGCCACCGGAAGAAUUAUCGUUCAUCCAAUCACCGGUGAGGUUCUUGAUCACGGGUUGGUCUUGUGGUUUCCAGGGCCAAGUAGUUAUACCGGAGAGGAUGUCGUAGAGUUUCAAAUACAUGGUGGCACUUCCGUAAUAAGAGGUGUAUUAGAUGCACUUGGCAAUAUUGAUGGUUUUAGGCAUGCUGAGCAAGGUGAAUUCACUCGUAGGGCGUUUGAUAAUGAAAAACUUGACCUAACUGAAAUUGAGGGACUUGCUGAUCUGUUGAAUGCCGAGACAGAGGCACAAAGAAGACAAGCUUUAAGACAGGCUCAGGGAGGUCUAAGAAACCUAUAUGAUAAUUGGCGACAACAGCUAAUUGAAAAUAUGGCAUUAGUGGAAGCUGUGAUCGACUUUGGUGAAGAUGAAAAUAUAGAAGAAGGUGUUUUAGAACAAGUAAGAGAGAGAAUAAAAAACUUGACGAGUAUGAUGUAUGAUCAUACUAACGAUAAUCGUCGAGGUGAGAUCAUGCGAGAUGGUAUACAUGUGACCAUUCUAGGUCCUCCUAAUGUUGGCAAAAGUAGUUUUUUAAAUUGCUUAGCAGCUAUUGUAUCUCCUAUUCCUGGCACCACAAGAGAUGUAAUAGAGAUUUUCUUGAAUCUUGGUGGAUACCCAAUUGUUGUUGGGGAUACUGCUGGAUUGAGAAAAUCUGAUGAUAUUAUCGAGAUAGAAGGGAUGACGAGAGCAAAGAAUCGCAUACUUUCAUCUGAUAUAAAAAUAUGCAUACUCUCAAGUGUUGAUGUUUUAAAUGCUUUGAAUUCUAAAAUCAAUAUUUUGCGUGAGAUAGAUCCACUCGUUUUUCACUCUGUGGAUGAAGAAACAUUUCUUAUUCUUAACAAAAGUGAUUUGUUAAAUAAAAAUGAAUUAUCCUAUCUGAGAGAAAUAUUUACAAAAAUUAUUCCUACAAAUUAUAUUUUUUGCUUGUCAUGUAUCACCGGAGAUGGGGUCAAGGAAUUUCUGGAAACUUUCGUAAAUUUGCUAAGACAAAAAUAUGAUAGUUGCACCUCCCAUGUAGCAUUGAUCACUCAGGCUCGACACCGAAAGCACCUUGAUGAUUGUAUGCAAGGCUUACAAAACUUUCUUGUGCAAAAUGAUUUAGUCCUGGCGGCAGAAGAGCUAAGACAUGCGACUAACGCAUUAGGAAAAAUCACUGGUCGAGUCAGUGUUGAUGAAAUAUUGAAUGUUAUAUUUCAACAAUUUUGCAUUGGAAAAUGA